AUGGCUAGGCCACGGAUUGUGCGGGCGGACACCCUUGACCUCCAAAACCACGACGCCCCUUCGGCUCAAGACCACAGCAAGCCCCUUGUGAAACCCACUGGUCUCGCGCCUCACCAGGAGAAAACCAUUCGCCAUGCGGAACAUGAUGCCAAGGCUGAGAUCAUGCAUGGUCCUGGUGCCGACGAUCAGUACGGUGACGGUAUCGAUAUCUACGAUGACGAUGACGAUGAUGAUGACGAGGAAAUCGAAGAUAUAGAUGAACUUCGACACCAUCAACGGGGCUCGGAAGAAGGCGACCUUGCUGACGGGGAAGGGGACGAUAUGUUAGAUGAUGAUGAUGACGAUCUGAUGGACAAGAUCUCAAGCUCUCCAUCGAUUGAUGACGAAGACAUUGACUUUGAAUUCGUUUACGCCCUUCACAAUUUUGUCGCAACCGUUGACGGGCAGGCCAAUGCGGCGAAGGGCGAUACUAUGGUUCUCUUGGACGAUAGCAACAGCUAUUGGUGGCUUGUUCGGAUCGUGAAGGAUGGCAGUAUUGGGUACUUGCCCGCCGAGCACAUUGAGACACCUACAGAGAGGUUGGCCAGACUUAAUAAACACCGAAACGUAGAUCUGUCUGCGACCAUGCUUGGAGAUAAUUCGGAGAAGUCCAAGAACCCGUUGAAGAAAGCUAUGCGCCGCAGAAACGCGAAGACUGUCACUUUCACUAGCCCGACAUAUAUCGAAGCAUCUGAUGUGGAUUACUCGACCGACGAGGAGCUGGAGGACGACGAUGUGUCAUUCAACGACGAAGACAUCGCUCGCGAAGACGCCGAAAAUCUACAGGAUGGCCAGAAUGAUGACAUUGUCGUCGAGCCUCUUCGGCCCAAGUCGCGGGAGAGGUGCAGCGAAGACGACAGCUUACACGAGGCACAGGAAGCUGACAGCGCUAGACCCGAUAGGCAGCGCUCCAGCCAGGAAAUCUUCGAGACGGAAGUUGACAAUGCUGUCAGCAGGUCCAGAAAUGGCACUGUGCGGAACACAGACUCUUUCUUCAAAGACGAUACCGCAGAGACCAAGAAAAUCUCUCUGACGCCGAACCUCCUUCGUGAUGAGGUAGGCGGUGGUGCUGUAUCCAGCGAAGCGAAAGAGAGCCGCGGUAGCUUAGACGCGAUGGACAAGGCCUUCAGUGCUAUCGACAAAGAAAAGAAAGACAAAGGCCGCAAGGACAAAAAGCCAGGGAUGCUCAGUGGCUUGUUCAAGCGGAAGGACAAGAAGACUAGAACCAGCGAAGACGAUGGUGAGGAAACAGAAAAGAAUUCGACCGAGCUAUCUCGCGCAUCUCCCCAACCGAAGACAUCGAUGGACUCUGUAUCCUCGCCCGAGUCAGCCCGAUCACCUAAACCUCUGGUCGUGCAGAGGUCUACCAAGCUGCAAAAGCAACCACCGGUGGUUAUGUCUCCUACCAAACAAGCCUUCCUCCAAGAACCUGUCAACCAGGGCUCGUUCGACGGCGAGGAGGUGAAGCCAGCUAUGAACUCAAAGGCCGACCAGACGAUCCGGCAAGUGACUUCUGAAGAAGCCGACGAUAUUCCGUCUUCCCCUCCGUUGGGUGCUUUCGACGAGAACCAGGGAGCUAUUUCGUCUUCCGCCCGUGUAACAAGUCCUUCCAAGAAAUCGACCAUCGCCCAGUCUGAGCCUCAAGAGUACAUGAGCUCGCCUGUUGAGUCUCCAAGGGACUGGCAAGAUAAGUCGGAGGGCACGACAUACUCCCAGCGUUCUGUGGCGUCUCCGCCGCAGAGAUUCCAGCCCAGGGCGGCAGUGAACUACGAGCAGCAUCGACUGGACUCACCUAUCGAUGUUUCCCCGGUAGAUGGCCCAGUAUCUCCUGUUGUACCAGCCUUGGUGACGGGCGCUGCAUCCCCCGAAAGACAUUCCGUUGUCUCGGCGUCCCCGCCUUUGUCGCCUGUUGCUAGUACGCGUGACAGCAGAGGUACUGAUACUGCACCCGUGUCAUACGAAACCGCAUCCGUUGGAACUCCAACAUGGAGUGAUGCUAGCCUGCGGUCGUAUUUGGAUGACGAAAACGACAUCCGCGAUCUGUUCCUUAUUGUCCAUGACAAUUCUAAUAUUCCACCUGCCGGCCCUGACCACCCAAUAACUGGAUCUCUCUUCAAAGAAGAGAGCAAGAGGCUGCGAGAGAUGACCAGCCAGCUGGACACAAUGCUGGCCGACUGGGUAGGCCGGCGGAUGCGGACUUCCGCAGGCAAAUAA